GUGUGUUAUCCCUACUUAGAGGCUCAAGUUAAGAAAAGAAGAGAGAUAAUAAGCAGCGCAAAAUUCAAGUGUAUUUGUUCUCUCUUGUUGUUGGCGAAUCUGGUGCACCUGCAACAGUUAAAGCUGCCAGCAUGAUCUGAACUUAUUACCUUCCUUCUUCCUUAUAUUUGUGUGUGGUGGCAAGAUCAGAUCAUGUGGGAGCUUCAUCUGUUGCAAUGGUAGCAUAUAUAUAUAAACCCUAAUUACUUCUUCCCCUGCCACUACAAAACCCUAGCUAGAACAAGGUUUCCUUCAUUCUUUCUUUCUUUUUCUUUAAUUUUUGUUAUAUAUGGAUGGAUAAGAUAAGAGAUUUCAAAUUAUGCGUUGUCGCUGAACGGCUCAAGAAUUUGCAGGAUUCAAGUAUUCAUCAUCAGAAAGAAGCUAAGGGAGGUGAUCGAUAAUGGGAGACGAGACGAGUCCUGAGUGGAUGAACAAGGGAGACAAUGCAUGGCAGCUGAUGGCGGCAACAAUGGUGGGGAUGCAAACAAUUCCAGGGCUAGUAAUCUUGUACGGAAGCAUGGUGAGCAGGUCAUGGGCCAUCAACUCGGCCUUCAUGGCCUUAUACGCUUUCUCCGCCGUGUUCGUUUGUUGGGCCAGCUGGGCUUACCGCAUGUCGUUCGGCGAAGAAUGGGUGUUUUUCUUGGGCAAGCCGGCGGUGGCGUUGGACGAGAAAUUCCUUCUAGGGAAGUCGUUUCUGGGAGCGUUCCCUACUGCAACGAUGGUGUUCUUUCAAGGAGUAUUUGCGGCCAUUACUCUGGUUCUUAUUGGCGGUUCAUUGCUUGGAAGAAUGAACUUCCGUGCAUGGAUGCUGUUUGUUCCUCUCUGGCUUACAUUUUCAUACACGAUCACUGCUUUCAGUAUUUGGAGCCCGAAUGGGUGGUUAUUUAAACUUGGAGUUAUUGACUUUGCUGGUGGCCUUGUUAUUCAUGUCUCUGCUGGUGUUGCUGGCAUUACCGCAGCUUUUUGGGUGGGUCCAAGAUCAGAGAAGGAAAGAGAAGCAUUUGCUUCAAAUAAUAUGAUUGUAGCAUUGGGAGGUGCGGGCUUGGUUUGGAUGGGGUGGUCAGGCUUCAACGGCGGUGCUCCGCUUGCUGUGAACACACUUGCAUCUCUCGCAAUUCUAAACACUCAUGUCUGCGCUGCUACUAGCAUCGUCACAUGGCUCGUCCUCGACAGUUUAUGUGUCGGUAAGCCAACCAUGUUUGGCGCCAUUCAAGGCUUGAUCACCGGCCUUGUUUGCAUUACACCCGCCGCAGGAGUAGUGCAAGGUUGGGCAGCAAUUUUGAUGGGUUUGUUCUCAGGAAGUGUACCAUGGUACACAUUGAUGGUGCUUCACAAGAAGCUCAAAUUCUUAAACAAAAUAGAUGAUCCAAUGGCCAUUUUUCACACACAUGCCAUAACCGGAAUUCUUGGUGGAAUUCUAACAGGCUUAUUUGCUGUUCCUAAAUUGUGUCGCCUCUUCUAUGGAGUGCCUGAUUGGAAGAAAUACACUGGACUCUUUUAUGGCCUUAAAAAUGGUUUAGCCCAUGCUGGUUUGACUCAGUUGGGGAUCCAACUUGAAGCCACUAUUUUUGUAGUUGUAUUUAAUGUUAUUAGUACAACCGUGAUAUGCUUGGUUGUGAGGAGCAUAGUGCCAUUAAGGGUUGAUGAUGAGGAUGCAUUGCAAGUAGGUGGUGACAAAAGCAUGCAUGGAGAAGAGGCAUUUGCCUUGUGGUGUUCCCAUCAGGAUAAGGAUACCAAGUUUGAGAAUGUAAAGCAAAACAAAGUUUAUGACACAAAAGAUUUUUCGUCCUCCAUUGACGAAUCAUCAACCAAGAAGGCUUCUAGUGAAGUUCAAAUGGUUUGAGUCUCACUUUGAUUCUUCAAUUUAUUAUAUUCCCAUACAUGUAAUAAAGAACACUCCACAUGGAGUUCUACUUGUAAGGGGAAAAAAAGAAAAUCAAAGAUAGGAUAAAGGAUAUCAUCAUGUAGAGUUGGAAUAUAACGAU